CAAGACAAGACACAUGAGCUAAAAAUAGGCGCCUAGCUCGCCUCAGUGAGAUGUGAUGGAGGUCCUGCCAGAUCUGUAUCUCGGAAACUUCAAAGAUGCACGAGACAGGGAGCUGCUGGCACAGUACAACAUCACCCACAUUCUGUCCAUCCAUGACACGGCUGCACCCAUCCUGGAGGGCAUGACAUACCUCUGUAUAUCUGCCGCUGACCACUCUAAGCAAAAUCUGGUGCAAUAUUUUAGAGACAGCAUUGCAUUUAUCCAUGAGUCUCGAAUGAAAGGAGAAGGCGUCCUUGUCCACUGUGUGGCAGGAGUGUCCCGCAGUGUGACCCUUGUGGUGGCCUACAUCAUGACCGUGACAGGACGGGGCUGGGUGGAGUCACUGGCGGCCGUCAGGGCCGCCAGGCCAUGUGCUGGGCCGAACCUGGGCUUUCUGCGCCAACUGGAGGAGUUUGAAAACACAGAAUUGACUCAAUACAGGGAAUGGUGGAUGGAGCAGUACGGGAAGAACUCAUUCAAUGACGAUGAGGAGAUCGUAGCCCUUUUAACCCGUAAAUCCCUGGGCAAUGCCAUGGCAAGCAGCAUCACUUCACCACUGGCCACAAGGGGCACUUGAGCUACUCAGAAAGCCUCCCUGCCAGCCUCCGAAGUGGCUAUCUCUCACAGAUGUCGUCCAUUAAUGUUGCCCAUAAACAAAAGCAGCCGAUCACUGAGUUACAAAGCAUGACUGCGGGAGGGGCCGUGUUGUUCACCGUUCAACUCAGUGAGACCAGCAAUGGUUUUAAAAGUUUGUUUGAGGGAUCCUGCCUCCAUCUUUGGUCCCGGGGACAAACGGCACACCAGGCAAACUUGUCACAUGGAGCACUGAGUUAUGUAUCGUUAUGAUAUAUUGAAUCUCAUGUUUGCAAAUGGCUAGGCAGCCAUGCAAAGGGGAUUUCUAUGUCAUCAUCUUCAGUCCCCUUUGACAAGACAUGUCCUUGCCCCUAACUGUCAAAACAACAUGCAAGGGCAGUCAAGCAGAACACCAAGUACGUAAAAACUACUGUGUGAGUACAUAUUUAUUUAGUCACCUCCCUUAGUAGCAGCAUAUCUCCUCCUGUGAGAUAUGUUAUGACUUCUACUUGCAGUAUAACUAUCACAUUACUUUCUGGAAGGAUAGUGUGAGGUUUUUAAAAGGUUUUACUGCUAGAAUAACUUUUAAGUAACACUCAAUACUUAGGACUACUAACACAACAUUAUUAUGCCUGACUUGUAAGGUGAAGCUUUGCCUUUGCUUUAGUUAGAGAUGGCUGUUUGAUGUAGGACAGCCUCUCGAUCACACCGUUAUAAAAAGCAUUCACAGUAAAAGCCUACGUUAAUAGGCCUACUCAUGUCACCGUGUAUGA